AUGAUUGUAUGGUGUUUGGAAGAACUGAUUAAUGAAGAUAUCUUGAACUGGAGUUCUCUGUGUCGACAAGAAGUAAACAUCAGAGCAUAUAAUUCCAUUCCAAUCAAUGAAUUAAGCAGAAAAUCAUUUCCCAAACCAGCCCAGCCAGGUAGACUAAGAUUAAGACCUUCGGAAUUACAAAACACAGUUCCUAGGCACGACAAAAGAAAAUUAGAGGAAGGUCAGAAGUCAGCUCAUAUAUGGAUAAGUGAUUCUUUAAGUAGAAAUUUCCAAAAGCCAUCUAUUUUGUUUGCUGUCAGGAGACUGGAUCCAUUCAGACAUCCUUAUACUCCCAAAACCCAUCCUGAAAAGUCAGAAUCUAAAGAGACUAAAGGUGACCAAAAAGGAACAGCUUUGAAGAAUGAUUCCAAGAAAACAACAGGCCCACAUAAAACAACUCCAGCUUUCAAGAAAACAGUAAAUGAUAAGAAAUCUAAGGGAGGACAUAAAGCAGUUAAAACUCCAUCAAAGUCAUCAUAUGAAAGUGAACCAUCUAAGAAGUCAAAGUUCAAACCAGAUACAAGCCAAGAAUCCAAGGAUUCUAAGUACAUUGCAGAGAAGGAUCCAAAAAAAGAUAAGAGAGAUUCAAAGAAUUCCAAGGAAACAGAUACUGAAAUCAUAUGUGCAAAGAGCAAUCGAAACAAAUAUUCUAAGAAAAGCUCAGAGGAUUCUGAUGCCGGAUCAGAAACUUGUUCAAAGAAUAGUUCAAAUGUGGAUUUAAUGAUGUAUUUAGAGUUGUCUAGUGCUGAAUCCAUGAAUUUUGAUAUGUGGCUCAAGAAUUACUCACAGAAUAAUUCAAAGAAAGGUACAAAGAAAGAUGCUAAGAAAGAUCCAAAGAAGGGCUCUGAUGUUGAAUUUGUAGACUCAAAAGGCUCAAAGAAAGAUGCAAAGAAAGAUAAGAAACCUUCAAAGAAAGACAAGAAAAAGGAUGCAAAGAAGGAUGCAGAUACGUCUGAUACUGAAUCUGCAGAUUCAAAGGGUUCAAAGAAGGAUGAAAAGAAAGAUAAGAAACCUUCAAAGAAAGACAAAAAUAAAAAAGAUGCAAAGAAGAAUGCAGAUUCUUCUGAUGCUGAAUCUGCAGACUCAAAGGGUUCAAAGAAAGAUGAAAAGAAGGAUAAGAAAAAUGACAAGAAAAAGGAUGCAAAGAAGGAGGCAGAGUCUACAGAUGCUGCAUCUGAAUCUGAAUGGGAACCAAAGAAGGGUAAAAAAGAUGAAAAGAAAGAUAAGAAAGACACAAAGAAAGAUGACAAAAAGAAGCCAGCAAAGAAGGACUCAGAGUCUACUGAUGUUGAAUCAGGAUCUGAAUUGGAGCCAAAGAAGAGUAAGAAAGAUGAAAGCAAGGACAAGAAAGAUUCAAAGAAAGAUGACAAAAAGAAGUUUGCAAAAAAGGACACAGAUUCUACUGAUGUUGAAUCUGAAUCUGAGUGGGAGUCAAAGAAAGAUAAGAAAACCUCAAAGAAAGAUAGGAAAGAUGCAAGGAAAGAUUCCAAGAAGGGUGCAAAGAAGGAUACAGAGUCUACUGAUGCUGAAUCUGAUGAAUAUCCAAAGAAAGGUCAAAGGAAACCCUCAAAGUCAGUAUUCAAAGAUUCAGAUGCCGAAUCUGAAGAUUCACUCUAUAAACCUGGAGCUAAAAAGAAAGGAGUUGAUGAAUCAGAUGCCACAUCUAUAGAUUCAAAGAAGGAAGCACUGGGACUAAGGAAAGAUUUCAAAAUGACGUCCAAAAAGACUACUUUCCAAGAAAAAGAAAAAAAAACGAUUAUAGGUAGAAUUCCUCCAUCAAGAGAAAGACCACCGCUACCUCCUUGUGAGCCUUUAUCACCAUCGCCUAAGGUCAAGCGUCUCUGUCGGUGCAGGAUGCCUCCUCCACCUCCCAAACCAAGAUAUGCUCCUUUGGUAUGGUUUGUCCUGUUUUAUUCUUAG